AUGCUGAUUGCUCUAGAAAGUGACUCGAUUAGUAAUUCUUCGAACUCGCGCUCUUACGAAUGGUGAUUGCAAAAUUGUCGAAGGCCGUUUAAUGAUUCUACCUGGAAUUAACGGAUGUUCAGAAUUUCUGAAUACUCAAGCAUGACGCAAGAAUAAUAGUAAUCAGUUAGCAUAAUGUCUUCGUUUGAUGAAAUUGAAAAAAAUCGGUAAUUUUUGCUAUCGAUGUGUGUGUCUGGGUAACAAAAAUUUCGAUCCUUGGACAUAUUAAAUUUCCCGUUACAAAAUGAUAAAAAUUUUGGCCCUUUUACUUUUCACUUCAGUCUGUGUCAUAACCAAUGCUCAAGAGCCGGCAUCUAAUGAAAAACCAUUUUUCGGCCAGCAAUUUGAUGAAAUUAUCGUAUCAUCGGACUUAAAUGUCAGAAGAAAAUCAAAAGAAAAUCGUCAAGGCAAAAGUUUAUUGUCGAAUGUGCCGUCAGCAACUACUGGUCCACCGGAAAGACCGACUGCAAUUGCGUCCAGACUCGUUUUCGCCGAUGGAAGCCGUAUUACGCCGGAAAAAAGAGAGAAACGUGGCAUUACAAUGCGAAGGAGGUAUCUGGAUCUGGGCGUCGCGGGAUACUUGCUGAAAUCUCGGAAACGGUGAAAAUUCUACACGCCGAGGACAACCGCACGACCCUCCACACCCUCAUCUGUGAUCACACCUCUUUCGAUGAACUUUUAGGCCACGGUUCAUGUAACAAAAAGGAUAAUAAAAUUCUUCUGUGUCAUAACA